AUCGGAAGAAAGAACGGUAAAAGAAAAGGAAGAAAGAGAAGAAAAAGAGAGGAAACGGAUCGGGAGAGCGGUGGGGCGAUCAAGCUCUCGAGGAUGGAGCAGAGGGCUGGCGGGCUUGUCCACUGACAAAGAAGGCCGCAAGCGAAAUCAACAUUCAAUAGCUCUUCCAUUCAAAGUUUCGGGGAUCACUACGCACUCUUAGACCCCUUCCUCGCUUCAGGGAAGUAAGCAGUCGGAGUCGGCGCCGGCGACCUGAAUUCCGGAGUCGUCAGAGUAAGUGUAGAAAAGAAAGAGGCUUAUGUGAUCUCCAGUUUUUUACAUCAAGAAUUGGCAUUCUCAGCUCCGAACGUUUGAAAAUGGACAAGUCUAGUGCGUUGGAGUACAUAAACCAGAUGUUCCCCACAGAGGCAUCUUUAUCUGGGGUUGAGCCUCUUAUGCAAAAGAUUCACAGUGAGAUACGCCGAGUGGAUGCUGGGAUACUUGCAGCUGUUCGUCAACAGAGCAAUUCCAGAACCAAAGCCAAGGAAGAUCUUGCUGCUGCUACACGGGCUGUGGAGGAACUCAUGUUCAAGAUUCGAGAAAUAAAGACAAAAGCUGAGCAGAGCGAAACAAUGGUCCAGGAAAUAUGCCGUGACAUUAAGAAGUUGGACUUUGCAAAGAAGCACAUAACGACCACAAUAACUGCACUUCACCGUCUUACUAUGCUAGUGUCUGCAGUCGAGCAGUUGCAAGUAAUGGCUUCGAAACGAAAUUACAAAGAAGCAGCUGCCCAGCUGGAGGCUGUAAAUCAGUUGUGUAGUCACUUUGAAGCCUACAGGGACAUACCAAAGAUCACAGAGCUCAGGGAGAAGUUCAAAAAUAUCAAACAAAUUCUCAAAUCUCACGUAUUUUCUGAUUUCUCAAGCCUGGGCACCGGGAAAGAGACGGAAGAAACAAAUUUGCUGCAGCAGUUAUCUGAAGCAUGCUUGGUGGUUGAUGCUUUGGAGCCAUCUGUGAGAGAAGAGUUGGUUAAUAAUUUCUGUAGCAGGGAGCUUACUUCAUAUGAGCAGAUCUUUGAAGGAGCUGAAUUGGCUAAGCUGGAUAAAACUGAACGGCGGUAUGCAUGGAUUAAGCGCCGGAUAAGAACAAAUGAGGAGAUAUGGAAGAUUUUCCCUCUUUCAUGGCAUGUUCCCUAUCGUCUGUGUAUCCAGUUCUGUAAGAAGACAAGGAAACAACUAGAGGGAAUACUUGAAAAUCUCAAGGAUAAGCCGGAUGUUGGAGCUCUCCUACUGGCUCUGCAACGAACUUUAGAAUUUGAGGAUGAAUUGGCUGAGAAAUUCGGAGGUGGUUCUCAAAAGGAGUUUGGAAAUGAGAUAGAAGAGAUAGGUAGAGAAAAUCACAAUCAAAGUGUUUCAGAUAUUCGGAAAAAGUAUGAAAGAAAGCUGGCUGUACAUCAGGAAGAUGAAGGCCAAGAAAAAGAUGGAAAUAAAGAUUUGUCAGCACCCGGUGCCGGGCUAUGUGGAGCUAGAGCAGAAGACACUGAUGGAGAAUCUAGAAAAACUUGUUCAGGUAGUGUGAGAAUACAGGUUGUAACACCUCCAUUUUCCUGUGACCAUUAUGCAUACUUUCUUCAAACUUUAUUGUCUCCUUUACAGGAAGAAAAGUGGGAUAUUGAAGAGGGCAGUCAGAAUAAUGUUUUAUCUAGUAGCAUGCAGUUGUUUCUCAUCAUCAAGAGGAGCUUAAAACGUUGCAGUGCUCUAACAAAGAGCCAGACAUUACUCAAUCUAUUCAGGGUAUUUGAAAAAAUUCUAAAAGCUUAUGCUUCAAAGCUCAAGGCAAGAUUGCCCAAGGGUGGUGUGGGAAUUGUUGCAGCAGCUACUGGUAUGGAUGGACAAAUAAAGACGUCCGAUAGAGAUGAGCGGGUGAUUUGCUAUAUCGUCAAUUCAGCCGAAUACUGCAGAAAAACUUCAGGUGAACUGGCUGAAAGCGUGUCGCGAAUAAUCGAUCCUCAACUUGCAGCUGGAGCAGAUAUGUCGUCAGCAGAAGAAGAGUUUUCUGGGCUUAUAACAGAGGCAUUGAUGACCUUGGUGCAUGGCCUAGAAACCAAGUUUGAUAUUGAAAUGGCAGCCAUGACACGUGUUCCCUGGGCUACACUUGAAAGUGUUGGCGAUCAAUCUGCGUAUGUCAAUGGUAUAAAUAUGAUCCUUACCAGCAGCACUCCUGUACUGGGGAGCCUCCUAGCACCAGUUCACUUCCAGUACUUCUUGGACAAGCUUGCAUCCUCUCUUGGUCCCCGCUUCUACACCAACAUUUUCAAAUGCAAACAAAUAUCUGAAACUGGAGCACAACAGAUGCUUUUAGAUACUCAAGCCGUGAAGACAAUUCUUCUGGAGAUUCCAAUGCUUGGUCAACAGAUGUCUAGUGCUGCUAGCUAUUCAAAGUUUGUGAGCCGGGAAAUGAGUAAAGCUGAAGCACUUUUGAAGGUUAUACUAUCGCCAGUGGAUUCUGUGGCUGAUACGUAUCGAGCAUUAUUACCAGAUGGAACACCAAUGGAGUUCCAGCGGAUUUUGGAGCUCAAGGGUCUUAAAAAGGCGGAUCAGCAAACUAUAUUGGACGACUUCAACAAGCAAAGUCCACCACUUUCUCAACCUUCAGCUCUGCCAUCAGCAGCAUCAGCUGUUACGACUCCUGCUCCCACCAGCGCCACUGCUGCUGCUAUGGCUGCGGCAACUUCUCUGGUUUCUCAUCCGUCACUUGGCCUCACUGCUUCUUCCAGGGAAGACGUGCUUGCCAGGGCAGCCGCCCUUGGCCGGGGUGCUGCCACAACAGGUUUCAAGAGGUUUCUGGCUCUAACUGAAGCUGCAAAAGACCGAAAAGACGGACCUUUCAGAAAGCUUUUCAAUGCUUAAAAGAGUCAUUUUUAUACAAAUUUUUGUUUCUGUUUUCAGUUGUACUAUAAAUACGUUCUACUUACGGACCAUUAGCUGGAGUGUGUAGAAGGAUAUUAAUAUUUGUGCACAGAGAUGGCAAAGGCAGGUGUUCCUACUGAGAUGCCUUGGUUUUGCUGUUUUGACCGGAUGGAAGGGGUCGAUUAGCUUGCUAACCCCUCUAAGGAGUUGGAAAAAUGAUAUCAUAUUAAUUAUAGUUAUUUUUUGUAUUAAAUUCGUGUUGCACUUAAUAAUUUUGUGAAUUAAAAAUUCAUAUUAAUUACAUGUUUUUAACUACCA